AUGAGUUUCCGUGGUAGAGGAGGUGGAACCCGAGGAGGUGGAUUUCGUGGUGGAAGAGGUAGCGGAAAUAGUCGUGGUGGUAAUCGCGGAAGUUUUGGUGGAAAUCGCGGAGGUUACGACCAAGGGCCACCAGAUGAAGUGACGCUUUUGGGAGUUUUUUCGCAUACUUGCCAGGAUGAUAUUGUUUGCAAUAAUACAUCCGGAAAGAUUCCAUAUUUCAAUGCACCAGUUUACUUUGCAAAUAAAGAACAAGUUGGAAAAGUGGACGAAAUUUUUGGCUCCCCAGGAGAAAAUGGCUUCUCAGUUACUUUAGCACAAGGAAUUAAAGCUAGUUCGUUCAAGUCUGGAUCCGAACUCUUUAUUGAUCCCGGAAAGUUAUUACCCGUGGAAAGGUUUUUGCCAAAUUCUGGUGGCGGUAGAGGUCGUGGAGGCCGUGGACGUAGUGGUGGUGAUAGAGGUAGUCGUGGCCGUGGCGGUUUCGGUAACAAUCGAGGAGGUUUUGGUGGCGGUCGUGGAGGAGGUUUCCGUGGUGGAGAUCGAGGAAACCGCGGAGGCGGGUUCAGAGGAGGAGAUCGUGGCGGGUUCCGGGGCGGACGUGGUGGCGGAGACAGAGGUAAACGAAAUACGUGGGGAUGUGGAUUCAAACGAUCAUUUGAUGGAGGAUUCAACUCUUCCAACAAAAGAACAAAAUUUGAUUGA